AUGUCAGAUGUUAAGAAAGGAAAGCCACAGAAGAGACCAUAUAGAGAUGAAAGCACACUGACAGAAAGACAGAAAAGAUUAUUGAACAGACUUAAACAAACAGGAGAUAAACAAGAUAUAGAUGACUUCUGGAAUGAAAUCCUUGAUGAAAAGAAGUUUUAUAAGAAGAGAAGCGGUCAGUUCUGGAAGUAUCUUUGCACAUUACCUAUAAAUCUUGAACGCUACCAAAUCUUCAAUGAACUGAACAAAAGAACUGCAACACUUAUGACAGAAGAUAACUGCUUCGUUUAUGCUUGCAUUCAGGCUGGAGUAAAUGAAGAAACUAUUGACCACAUGAGAGAAGUCAUUCGUGUUAGAGACUUUCCUCAAAGUAAAGUACAAGAAAUUUCUGACGCAACAAGUAUAGCAUUUAAUGUUACCAUUGGUUAUUUCAAUGACUCAAGACAUAAUGAAAUAAAGAGAUAUAUACCAAAAGAAUGUGAAACUGUUCGAACUAUUGACUUACUUCUUGUUGAAGACCACUACAUGCUAAACGAAAGAUUACCAAUGACAACAUAUUUCAUUCGCAACUAUAUAGAAAUCUUGAAGGAGUGUGGUGGAAUGAACAUUGAAAAACAGAUGAAAAUAUAUACAAUGAGAGAUG